CGUGGGGGGGGGGGGGAAGCGGGGAGUGGAGCGAGUUUUGCCAGCGGAACUCGCUUCACCGGUUGAACUCGCCGCCUUUCAUCCUCGGGGUUCUUCUGAGGGACGGCUUGGCACUCGCGGUUUCCCCGAGCCUCUCGGUCCCAACAAGCCCCGACUUUCUCCCUCAGGCGGCCGGAUUGAGGGGUUCCUUCCUUCCUUCCCUGGCCGAACUAAAAGCCCGUCCCCGUUCAGUGACAAAAUUAUUAAUCAAGCUCCUGUCCCGGGACUGUUUUGAACUCAGUCAAAACUCACAAAAGAGAAAAUGAAAUGAUACUACCCGUGUUUCCCCGAAAAUAAGACCCUGUCUUCUAUUUUUUUGAACCCUGAAAUAAGCGCUUGUUUGCCUUAUUGCCAUGCGCUCAAAAGCCCGAUGAUUGGGUUUAUUAUCAGGGGAAGUCUUAUUUUUGGGGGGGGGGGAACAGGGUAUAUAAGGCCCUCCUGGUUUGAGGGGGUGAGGAGGGCUGGACUAGAAGACCUCUAAAGUCCCUUCCAACUCUAUUUCGAUUGAUAGGUUGAAAGAAAGUCCGCCACCGGUUUUAAGCAGGAUCCAUCAUAACGAAAAUUAAAACUGGGCAAAGUUAGGAUUACUGUUAUGUUAACAGCCUAGCUAGCAUAGCAUCUCUGGGCAGCAUUUCAAUUUAAUACAUUAUUAGAGCAGGAGCCAGGUUUCUGUGAAAUCUCCCUGUGAUUUAUGAUACAUAAUAUUCAUUACACUGAGAUGGCUUUAGAUAACCGACGGGUGGUGGUUGGAGUUCGAUAAAUGAGUUUAAACAGCCUGUUGGAAUAGCUGAGAUCAAAGUGGCUUUACCAAGAAUUGGCAUUUUUUUUUUGUUAUAAAUGACAAAUUAUGAUAAAAAAAGGUUGCCUUGAUUUCUGUAGCAGAAGGCAAUAAAAAAACAAUUGCAUUCCAUGCUCCUUUUUUUUUUAUGGCAAUGCUGAUGAUGGGUUUGGGAUUGCAUUUCUGGAAAACAAUGCUCCCCCCCCCCCAAAAAAAACAUAGCUGAAAUGCUCCUUAAAUGUCCCUUUUCUAUCACCCAUUCUCUAUUCAGUGUUAAGGGUUUUUUUUGUUUGGCUUUUUAAAAUAAUAACAAAAUUGAUGACCUGGCACCAUUAUUGGAAGGAUACCAUUGUUGAUUGGACAACUCUGUUUCACAUGAAGAAAACUGCAAAAUAAUAAUAAUAAAGAUGCAAAUAGUGUUCUUGUUUGCCUCAACUUUUAUUUUCCCAUAAUAAUAAGCAGCUAAGGCAUUCUGAGCCUUCUGUUAUAGCCCUGCCAAUAUUUAUGGCACUACUUCAACUAAUUUAAAAUAAUGUCUAGGAUUUGACUAAGUGUAAACAGUACCGAAUUCAUUUGGAUUUAGCUAAAAGUAAAUUAGGAAAGUUGUGAUAUUGUUUCUGCUGUCGUAGAAGUAAAUUCCAGUAACAUCCAGGGGAAUUUAUUUGAGGCAGAUACAUAGCAUUCACUCUAUAAAAUAAUUCUAGCUGAUAACCGUUGAACUAAUGAGCAGUCUCUCAUUCAAUUUAUCCUGAAUUCAGACAUGACUUUAAAGAACUAUUCAAACAUGGGUCAAAGAUUAAUCUUCAAUUGAGUCAUUUCAACCUUGCCUUUAAGAGACACAAUAAAAUACAUUUUCACAUACUGAAUAAUUUUUAAAAUUCAUUGUCAUUGUAUAGUAGAAUGACAACAAAGAGGGGUUUAGAAACAGCUCUAGGAAAGAUUAUUAGACAGCAAGGUCAUUAGAGUUAUAUCUAACCUUCAGAUUCAACACUACCACAGUGUAUUUCUCUGGGUAUCCUCUGAAGCAAAAUGAGAGGAGGAAAUGGAAUUACAUUUGUGUAUUGCUAAUGAGUUUUCUGCAGCCAGCAGGAGGGGCUGGUUGGUAGCGUGAAGUUGAAUUUCUUGGACUGAUCAUCUGAUCCAGCAGUAACAAUGGCCUGUGAUUUUGAAUCUGAAAACAAGGAAACUCAUACACUCACUUAUGAAAUGGGGUUUUGUGUUAAGGUUCUUAUUUCCCAUGAAUCAUGUGUAUGACCAUUCUUCCUGGAAAUUUCAUAAAUCCUUGCUUUCCCAGUUCAUCUGCUGAUUUGGAAGCAACCAAUAGCCAAAAUUGCAUUUGGGGGUUCUUUUGGUCAUUAGUUUACAACCAAUGUAUUGUGGGAGGGGGUUUGAUUUUGGCAUUCUGCUGGCAAAGGAACAAAGAGAAAGCAAAAGCAACUCCCACAAUCUUGAAUCAUUUAAAAAGCAGCCAAUGCCUCUCGCCAAGAUUCAAGCCACCCAUUACAUAUUUUUCAAGCCCUCUAUAGAUACCACAUCAAUCAUUGCAAUGUGGCUUUCCAGCUUUCUCUGCCUAUUGAAUGACACUGCUCAGUGCUUCAGCCUAAUUGGUUGUUUUAACAAAAACCAAACCCCCCGCCCCCAAUUGCCUGUGAACUCAGAAGCAAAUCUAGCUAAGUACUAGACUAGACUGUACUAGGCACAGUCUAAGCCAAUUGUAUAUAGGUCUGCAGCCUUCACUUUUUAAUGAAUCCAAGUUGAUUAUAAAAUAACAGUUCUAUAAAAAAAUACCCCCUUUUGUUUUCAGAUGGCUCAAGCUUCUGCUGUAGCAGGUGCAGCUCAGAAUAGAGAUCAGGGAAUGCUUGUGCAUCUUUUAAUUGCUGUCACAAUAACCUCUUAAACCUUACAAGAAAGCUAACAAGGCCAAGUCACUUUUGAGUUCCCAAGGCAAUAGUGAUAGUCAAUUAUUCUGAGAACAAUCUUAGGUUGUGAGGAGAGGUUAAGACUAUUAAGAGAAGCCACAAAGGUGCUGAGGAUGUGGGCCCUUUUGACCUACUAUUAUACAAUAUGAUAAUUGUGUGUAAUUUAGAGAUGAUGGUUCUCAACUCCCAAAUCAAGGUUGCCUCGGUUGUUUAUUGUCCGCUACAGCAUACUUGUCACCCGGUGGCUCAGACUUCAUGUGAACAAAUGGCAAAUGCUGAAGUAAGCAUUCCUGUAGGAGAUGUGGUCGUUGUGCCAACCGAAGGAACGGAGGGGGGAAACCCAGAAGAUACCAAAACCCAGGUUAUAUUACAACUACAGCCAGUGCAACAAGGCAGAAUUUAUCAAGAGAGCUCUGAAACUAAUGCGGCUGUGAUGGCUGUAGAAACGCACACCAUACACAAACUUGAAGAUGGCAUCGAUGCCAGUGCCCUUGAAAGCAAUGAGGAAAUUGAGAUUGCCUACCCCAUUACCUGUGGAGAUAGCAAGGCCAUCUUGCUCUGGAAGAAAUUUGUGUGCCCAGGAAUCAAUGUCAAGUGUGUUAAGUUCAAUGAUCAGCUUAUCAGCCCCAAGCACUUUGUUCACCUGGCUGGCAAGUCCACCCUGAAGGACUGGAAGCGAGCCAUCCGCCUAGGAGGAAUCAUGCUGAGAAAGAUGAUGGACUCUGGGCAAAUUGAUUUCUAUCAGCAUGACAAAGUGUGCACCAACACCUGCCGAAGCACCAAGUUUGACCUCCUGUUCAGCAGUGCCAGGGCCCCGGUACCAGGACAAACAAGCCUGGUACAGACCCCCACUUCUGCUGAUGGAAGCAUCACCCAAAUUGCAGUGUCUGAGGAAAGUGUAGAAGAAGGGAUUGAAUGGAAUUCUGCAAUGACAGCAGCAGUCACUAUGGCAACCGAUGAGGGAAUCAAGAAAGAUCCAGAGGAGAUUUCAGAGGAGAUGCUGAUGUUUUGGAAAGGCAUUGCUGAUGUGGGCUUGAUGGAAGAAGUGGUCUGUAAUAUUCAGAAGGAGAUAGAGGAGGUGCUAAGAGGGGUACAGCAAAGGCUUGCCCAGCCCCCUUUCCAGAUUACUGAUGCUGCUGUUCUAAAUAAUGUCGCUCACACUUUUGGUCUGAUGGACACAGUGAAGAGAGUGCUGGAUAACAGGAAGAGUCAAACAGAUCAGGGAGAGGAACAAUUUCUUAACACUCUGGCAGUUCUAGAUCGCCAACUAGAAGACCAGAAGAAGUUUGCCAGGAACCCAUCCAUUCAGAAUGUGGUCCUGAUGCCAGUCAACACUCCAAAGCCUCCCAAAAGGCCCCGGUUGAAACGUCCAGCUUCAGCCACAGUUCUAAGCCCCUCGGCUCCCAUCCAGCAACCUCAGUUCACUGUCAUCUCGCCCAUCACCAUCGCGCCCAUGGGACAGCAGUUCUCCGUUAGCAACAUUCCAAUGGCCACGAUCAGCCAGGGCUCCAGCCCAGUGACUGUCCACACAUUGCCCUCAGGUUCCCAGCUUUUCCGCUACGCCACCGUGGUUUCUUCCUCCAAAACCAGCACAUCCGAUACAGUGACACUUCAUCCCUCCUCGAGCUUAGCCCUGCUGAGCUCGGCAGCGAUGCAGGACAGUGGGACUCUUGCUAACGUGGCCACCAUGGUCAAUCCUGUGGAACUGGUGGCCAUGGAGUCUGGCCUGACUUCUACUAUCCAGGCUGUCGAAGGCACUUCAGAGGACGGACAGACGAUCAUAGAAAUAGACCCAGCACCUGAUCCAGAAGCCGAUCCUGAAGAAUCAGGGGGGAAAGCUGUGAUUUUAGGGACAGAGUUGAGGACUGAGGAGAAGGUGGUGGCUGAGGUUGAUGAACAUCAGCAUCAGGUCCAUAAUGUGGAGAUCGUAGUCUUGGAGGACUAAUCAGCAAGCCAUCCUGCCUUGCUAAAAAUGAUAGUUCACCUCUUACCUUUUUUAUUGGUUUGACCCUUUUUCUUUUUUUACAGCCUUGCAGGUAAGUUCACACGAAUGCUGAUGAUCACUUUUAAACAGUCAUUUUCUCUAGGGGGGGAAAGAGCAGGCAGGCUGUGCUUUCCAGUGUGGAUGAUCAGAAUUUUACCUGCCUAGUGAAAGGGGAGACAAGCCAUUGCUGUUAUCCCUCAGUGAGGAGGGAUGGCAAGUCCGUAGACCCAGAUUUGAAGUGAUUCUUCUUGGGAUUGUUCAUCUCAGAAGCAAAGUAAGCCGGCUCCUGGAAAUGUAACGACUGGAUGAGUAAUGCCCUUAAAGCAAGAGCUUCCGUCUGGACCUUUAGCGCUUCUUCACCCUAGGAAGGGAGAUUCCAUGUCCGUUUCUGACUUUCCAAGCAUUUUGCUUUUUUGGAAGUGGCAGAAGAAACACAGCACCCUGAUCGAUCAGGUCACCAACCCUUCUUUGGAAUGUACUAUGUGGUUUUUUUAAAAAAUAUUUUCCUUAAGCUGUUUGCCCAUUUGUGGCUUCAAAAAUUGGAUUCUUGGCUCUU